CGGGGCUACACUAGUGUGUCCCUAACACCGUGAAAUUUUUGGCCCAGCUUGAAGUUCCUGUCCCGGGCGCGGGUCUAUGACAAGCUUGAUCGGAACGGAUAUUUUCAUAUCGUCGGACAGCUCUCUCCUCCCCAUCCAAAGCGACAAUCAACCAACCAGGCUCCGGGACCGUCAACUGGCGACAAACUCGCGUCCACCACCCAUCCGCAACCCUUUCGUCCCUACGCAACACCACCACUGCAGUUGAACGACACCAUCCGCUGCGUCCUCGAUUCCCACCAACAACGUCUCGUCGUCCCUGUCUACUGCGACCGUUACAAUCAUGGCUUCGUUUUCCACCGAGUCGCCUUUGGCGAUGCUGCGCGACAAUGCCAUUUAUUCGAGCCUUUCCGAUGCCUUCAACGCCUUUCAGGAAAGGAGGAAACAGUUCGGUCUUUCCAACCCCGGCACGAUCGAGACCAUCGCCCGCGAGGUCCAACGCGAUACCCUCCUCACCAACUACAUGUUCUCUGGCCUCCGCGCCGACGUCACCAAGGCUUUCAGCCUCGCCCCUCUCUUCCAAGUUUCCCACCAGUUUGCCAUGGGCGAGAGGUUGAACCCUUAUGCCUUUGCUGCUCUCUACGGAACCAACCAGAUCUUCGCUCAGGGUAACCUGGACAACGAGGGCGCUCUCUCGACAAGAUUCAACUACAGAUGGGGUGACAGGACCAUCACCAAGACGCAGUUCUCGAUUGGUGGCGGCCAGGAUAUGGCCCAGUUUGAGCAUGAACACCUUGGCGACGACUUCAGUGCCUCCCUCAAGGCCAUCAACCCCUCUUUCCUUGACGGCGGUCUCACCGGUAUCUUUGUCGGCGACUACCUCCAGGCCGUCACUCCCAGACUCGGCCUCGGUCUCCAGGCCGUCUGGCAACGUCAGGGUCUCACUCAGGGCCCCGACACCGCUAUCUCCUACUUUGCCCGCUACAAGGCCGGUGACUGGGUUGCUAGCGCUCAGCUCCAGGCUCAGGGUGCUCUCAACACUUCCUUCUGGAAGAAGCUGACGGAUAGGGUGCAGGCUGGUGUUGAUAUGACGCUAUCUGUUGCUCCCUCUCAGAGCAUGAUGGGUGGCCUUACCAAGGAAGGCAUCACCACCUUUGGUGCCAAGUACGACUUCAGAAUGUCCACCUUCAGGGCUCAGAUCGACUCCAAGGGCAAGCUCAGCUGCUUGCUCGAGAAGCGUCUUGGUGCCGCCCCCGUCACUCUGACCUUCGCUGCUGAUGUUGACCACGUCACUCAACAAGCCAAGCUCGGCAUGUCCGUCUCCAUUGAGGCGUCUGAUGUCGAUCUCCAGGAGCAGCAAGAGGGUGCCCAGUCCCUCAACAUCCCCUUUUAAACUGGAAUAUGUAUAUUGGGGAUGAAGAACACUGGUCGAUUGGGCCAGCAUUUGGUUUCCGCUCCACCCUUGCACUCUACUCAUUGUGUUGACAACGUAAUCUAAUCACACACGAUGCCCACCUUGUACCAAGGAACAGAAAGGGUGAGGGUCAUACCUUUUCACCGUCCCUCGCUACCAGCGCCAUUUCUGUUUUGACCACAUUCUCAUCACAUCAUCUAGUACAAGCUGGUCACGGCGAGUUGCCAUGGGAAAAAUCGAAAGUCGGACGUUGCGAACCUCCCCAUCGCAAUGGUCCCGCAUGGCUUGGGUCUUUGCAUACAAGUUCCACGGAACGAUAGACAUCUCUCACCACAUUUUCCACCUUAAAAAAAGAAACUUCCUCUCGCGCUAUGCAUCUCAUCACCUGGCGCUUUUAUCUUUGGUUUUUCCCUUGGAAGAGCAAACAUGAGGGGGGGGGGGGGCUUUUUUUUUGUGUAUUAUAGACAGGUCAAUCAGGGAAGGGCGUGUGCAUUGUUUCUACGGUCUGCGCAUUCUCGAGGUUGACUAAAACUUUGGGGACGGGCAGUACGUUUGUGUCAUGAAUAUGAAGAAGGUUUACGGACGAUAUUGAGAUGUGAUAAAAUAGCGAGGUCUUCUUUUAUGCUGAAAAGCGGCUGAGGCAUACAUACUGCUUGUUGCAGUUGUAUUUCGUUCUAGGUGGUAUUGCACAUACAUCUAUCCAGCCAUAUCAACAGUGAACGGGUAUAAAAUUCUAAAGUGGGGUUUGGAUACAUCGGGAGGAAUAACACAUUUCACGACGAUGCCUACCUCGCUUCGAUAAACAAUAUGACACAUCACCUGCGGCA